CCAUGCCUCACCGAUAGUCUUCUUCGUAGUCAAGAGCUCUUUGGUUUUGUUUACAAAUAAAUCUAAUCUCGAACACAGCACCAUCAUUCGUCAUUCGAACUUCCAAGCUGGUUGUCGCAUUUUAUAUACGUUGCCGAGUAUUUGGGUUACCAACUAUUCAAAGCCCUUUUGAGGGCUUCUUUCGUUCGCGUGUGUUAUUCGUUCGUGAUUUGCUCUUAAACAAACACAUUGUUGAACCCAAAGAACUAAUAAAGUUCCUGCUCUUUACCUUUAAUUUUACUAUCGUAUUUUUGUGUAUCUAUCCUGAUAGCAGUUAAUUGUCUGUGUUUAACACUUGCCAAUGGAAAUGUUGAGCUGCUGUAUGGACUCGUGCGAAUUCAAAAACUUAACUUCUGAUCAGAAUGUUCAGUGCUGGCUAUGUGACAGAUAUGCUCAUUUUAAAUGCGCGGGUAUAUCUGAACGUGAUUUGAAAAAUGGUUUGAAAUGGUCCUGCAAAGACUGCAGAUUGAUUAAAUCUCAAAUGGGAACGUUUAUUAGACAAACCCGUAUGGAAAUUAAUGAGCUCUUUAGAGAAUUCCGAGUCAUUCAUGACAAGUGUUUGCAGUUGGAAUCAGCCUUUGCUUCUCUUAAGAUGCUAUGUGAUCCCGCGUUUAAAUCAGAGCCCCCUGGAAACACAAAUUCCAGUGAUGAAGACUAUUGUACUAUUGUUGAAAAUAACAUUUCUGAAGGGGAACCUAAAACUGCGGAAAUUUGGGAUCUUGACCGGCAUAUUCCUGCAAUUUUACCGGUUCAUUCAGUGAGAAAAAAGCCCUCCACCGCUUUACCUCUUCCAGAAAUUCUAACAGCAGUUCCUCCAAUGAAGGCUGUGUUCGUGUCUAGGCUUAUUCCAUCAACUACUGAAGAUGCCCUUAAACAUUACGUAGUUACCAAACUUUCGUAUCCCUAUCCCGAUGAGAUACACAUCAGAAAAAUUUAUAAUAAACAAAAGCGAAAGAUUUCAUCGUUUAAAAUCCUGCUACCUGAUCCGCUUUUUAGCCAGAUUUUAAAUCCUGGAUUUUGGCCUGAACAUAUUGUUGUACAUGAGUUCAUAAAAAAAAAUGAAUCAACCGGUUUUGAUGUUAAAAAUGUAUGAUUAAAAAUGUUAUUCCUUAAAAAUUUAAUAAAAAUAUAAACAAAAAUAAGAUA